AUGGCUCUCAAACUCAACAUCGGCCUUCUCGCCGUCUCCCUCUCUCUCGCGCUCGUCCACCUUGAUGGUGCCAGCGCCGGAAUGGCUACCCGCUACUGGGAUUGCUGCAAGCCCAGCGCCUCAUGGAACAACAAAGCUCCCGUCUACGCUCCAGUUGACACCUGCAAGGCGGACGGUGUGACCCUCAUCGACCCUUCGCAGGCCGACCAAGGUCAGAGCGGCUGCAACGGCGGCAACCAGUACAUGUGCAGCUGCAUGCAGCCCUUCAACGAUGAGUCGGACUCUACCCUUGGUCUGGGCUUUGCUGCCUUCAGCGCUGGUAGCGAGUCGGAGACCGACUGUGCGUGCUACUACGCCGAGUUUGCUCACGACGGUCAGGGCAAGCCGAUCAAGCGCAACAAGCUUCUGUUCCAGGUGACCAACACGGGUGGCGACGUUCAGAGCGAGAACAUCGACUUCCAGAUUCCCGGUGGUGGACUGGGCGCCUUCGCCCAGGGCUGUCCUGCUCAGUGGAGCACUCCUGCCUCGCAGUGGGGUCAGACCUACGGCGGUGUCUCAUCCGCCUCGCAGUGCAGCAACUUGCCCCAUGCCCUGCAGGAAGGCUGCCAGUGGCGAUUCUCGCAGUGGGGCGACAACCCGGUGCUCAAGGGCGCACCCAAGCGCGUUCGUUGCCCCAAGAGUCUCAUCGACCGAUCAGGCUGCCAGCGCAAGGACGACAACACGGUCAGCCCUUACUCCGGCCAGGUGGACAGCGGCAACACGGCUGCGCCUGCUCAGUACAAGCGCAACCGAAGUGUCUGCCUGGGUGGCAAGAAGGAAAGCUACGGCGCUCCCGGUACUGGAGGUUCUCAUGUUCAGCCGAUUGGCUACGGUUCUGGAAACGGUGGUGCUGCUGAGGGCUCCAACAACGGCGCUGGACAGGGUGCUGGCGAUAAGCCGGCUCCUGGAGCCAAUAAUGGCGCCGUUUCUCCUAGCUCGAACGGUGGGGGCUCUGCUCCGCAGGGCUACAGCCCAACCAAGCCCUCGGUCCCCAAGGGCCACAAGAAACACCGCGUCUGCCAGUGGGAGUGA